GUUGGUUGCCAAAGCGAGGGCCGAGUUUCUUACAGAUGAUAGUAUUCCUGUUGUCGUUAACACUGUGCGUUCUGUGGUUCAUAUAUCGGCGCACACCAUAUGCAUUCAUUCUUCUUGAUUUUAUAAAUGUUACCCUUUGCCUUCAUAUCCUAAAAUCAUUAAGGCUGCCAAGUCUGAAGUGGAUAACCACGCUCAUGUUAUGCAUGUUUGUCUACGAUGCAGUGAUGGUAUUCGCAACACCAUACAUGACUCGCAAUGGUUGUUCUAUUAUGCUAGAAGUGGCAACGGGCAUUGAUUGCUCUACAAGCGGCAGUGAUGAUUUGGAUAUCGAGAAGGGUUUCCAAAUGACAAUUUUGGGUUUAGGUGAUAUCAUCAUACCAGGCUACUUGAUUACUCAUUGUUUCACCAUGGGUGGGAUUUCCGAGCGCUCUCGUAUUGCUUAUGGUAUCUUGUGCUCCAUUGGAUAUAGCAUAGGUUUAAUAGUGACAUUCUUCGCACUUGCAUUUAUGAACAUGGCUCAACCUGCUCUGAUAUAUCUCGUACCGUGCACGCUUGUACCUAUCUGCGUAAUGGCCUGUGUAAAGGGUCAGCUGUGCUUAAUAUGGCAUGGUUCAAAAGAUCUCACAGAUUCAGUUGCUUCUUUAAAAUCAAAUGCGGCGGAAGAAACAGGACACAGCAGUAGUCCUAGUGCGGAAGGAUAA